GUCCCCCCACCCUAGCCUGACUCAGGCUGGUUGCUCUUGCUCUGUUAGCAGAGCUGCAGAUCCAGCCUCCUCCAGCUGCCUGGGCGCUGCGGUCCCCUGAAUGACAGGCUUCCACUUCCCGGGCCUGGGGAGAGUAGAGAGAAGCCAGCGGGACUGAUCUCAGCUCUGCCUUCACGCUGGCCUAUCUGGCCCUCCCUUCAUCCUUCUGCUGGCCUCCUUUGGCUGGGCUCCUGCGGUCCAUUUUGGGCCCAGGGGAGGGAGUUUCGCCUGCUUUUCCUCCUUUGCUCUCAGUGAAGAGUCCGCCUUCUGUUCUGGGCAAAGCAAUGGGUCUUUCAGUUUUUGUUUUAGCUAAAAUACUCCCCAGCCCCUCCGAAUCUGGCUUCUGGACCGGGGUGCCAGUCACUAACAGCCAGUUGGACAUCGCUACUUGACCACAUUACCUUGACCAAAAGAGGGAGGCAGAAACGGAGCCAAGGAAAGGCAGAAAGAAAACAGUCUGAGCUUGAGUCUGCAGGAUCUAAGAAGGGACCCAGCAUCCCAUGGAGACACACCAACGUGGGUUUGACUGAAUUAGCUGUCCUAUUCAGUCAGAGGCAGGAUUCCAGAUCUGGAGUGUGGAAGGCCCCCUCACAGCCCCUCCAGUCCAUCCCCUUAGUCUUAGAGGCAGGGAAACUGAGGCAUGGAAACGUCAACAAGACUCGCCCAGGACCCUACAGCCCGAGGGAGAGUUUGAAAAUGCACCUUCCUGAAACGGACCUAGGCUCCUGGAGCGCACCACACUCCUGCUGUCUCCCACUCCACUCUAGACCAAAGCAGGGAGGAAGAGAAAGGUGGAAAUGUUUGGGGUUGAUCCUGCCUUGUGGCCUUGGGAUUUGGACAGACCCCGUUGGGUCAUCUGGCUUCUUGUACUGUUUUGGGUGGCCUUGGUCACCCCUCCCCCUUUAGCUCACUAGGCCUCAGUUUCCACAUCUGUAAGAGAGGUCUGUAGCAUUCCUCUGGGCUCCUCUCAGGCCCUGAGCCUACAGAGAAGAGAGAGCAAUGGAUCCCUUCCUCUAGACACACGAAGUUGCGUCUAAAUUCCCCUGCUUCGCCCAGAAACCCCAGUGCUUUUCUCCUAAGAGAGGAAAGCCCCUUCCUGGCCGCCUGCUCGGCAGCCCGGCCCCGGGAUUGGUGUUCCCCGCUAAUCCCAGUUGAGGGGAGGGAGGGGCUGGCGGGAGGAGGCAGCUGUGUGGUUGCUGCUCGGUGUGAUUUUUUUUCCCUCCUUCUCCAUUCCUUUUUCUUUCCAAACAGGGAAAAGUGCUUCCACGCGGCUGGAGAGCUUCUCUGUCACAAUCCGGGCUCCGGGGAAGCGCCUAAUCCUGAUCUCUCUCCUCCCACUCCCGCCCGCCCGCUAGGAGCAGGGAGCGCUCCAAGGCCCCUCCCCGGGGGCUGCGGAGUCAGAGGAGGCAAAGGCAGAAGACAAGUCUUUUCAGGCUGUGGGACGCGCCCGGGACCAGGGGAGCAGAGCGGGGGAAAGAGUCCGAGUCCUGGAAGCGGCAUGUCUUUCCUGUCCGUCCUCUUCCUCGUUUCCUGUUAUGUCGGGACAUGGGGGACUCAUAUAGAAAUCAAAAAAGUGGCUGAGGAGAAAGUCACUUUGCCUUGUCAUCAUCAGCUGGGACCAAGAAGAGACACCUUGGAUAUCGAGUGGCUGCUAACAGGUCCUGAUGGGAAUCAAAAAGUGGUGAUCACCUACUCCAGCCGCCAGGUCUAUAAUAAUUUGACUGAGGAGCAGAAGGGGCGUGUAGCCUUUGCUGCCAACUACGUGGGAGGAGAUGCCUCCCUGCAGAUCGAGCCCCUGAAGCCCAGCGACGAGGGCCAAUACAUCUGCAAAGUGAAGAAUUCGGGGCACUAUGAGUGGAACCACGUCAACUUGAAAGUCCUGGUGAAACCCUCUAAACCCAAAUGUGAGCUAGAAGGAGUGCUGACAGAGGGAGGGGACCUGACCCUGCAGUGCGAGUCAUCUUCAGGCACAAAACCUAUUCUGUACCACUGGCAGCGCAUCAAGGAAAAGGAGGGAGAAGAGGAGCACCUGCCCCCCAAAUCACGGGUUGACUAUGAAAACCCUGGGCGUGUUUUGCUGCAGAAUCUCACUCUGUCUGCCUCUGGACUGUAUCAGUGCACAGCAAGCAAUGAGGCAGGGAAGGAAAGCUGUGUGAUUCGAGUGACCGUGCAGUAUGUGCAGAGCAUCGGCAUGAUUGCCGGUGCAGUGACGGGCAUGGUGGCUGGAGCCCUGCUCAUUUUCCUCCUGAUAUGGCUGCUCAUCCGAAGGAAAGACAAGAAGAGAUAUGAAGAAGAAGAGAGACCCAAUGAAAUCAGAGAAGACGCCGAGGCGCCCAAAGCUCGACUAGUGAAACCUAGCUCCUCCUCCUCGGGUUCCCGGAGUUCCCGUUCUGGCUCCUCCUCCACUCGCUCGACAGCCAAUAGUGCCUCCCGCAGCCAGAGGACGCUGUCCAGCGAGGCUGCGCCUCAGCCUGGGGCCUCCUCCCAUCCCUACAGUCUGGUGGGGUCCGAAGCGAGAGCACCAGAGCCAAAGAAAGGCCAUCACGCCACACUGUCCAAAGCGGGGGCCCUACCCAGCACGGUCCCCAGUCAGAGCCGAGCCUUUCAAACUGUCUGAGCGGGGACAGACCCCCUCCCGUACUCUCCGGAUGGCUAGAGCCCUGGGGUCCUCCUGCUAUCCUGGAGCCUAGGCACCUGGCGCCCAGCCCUUUCAGAAGAGGGGAGAAGUCGGGGGAUGACGACAUACUGUGCAGGACAUGCCCGGAUGAGGACUUUGUUUGAACAGGGCACCAAACAGGGUUGAGGUGCGAACUGAGAAAUCUACAAAGAGGCAUUUCAUGAUGCAGUCAGGCUGAAAUGAGCCCGAGAAGUAUGUUCCUACCUGUCUCUUAGCUAGGAUACCUGGAGAGGAAUGAGCAUGCUAGAGUUUAUUUGACAGCACUACUCUGAUUUAUUAUUUCCAAUAAGAAAUAGGGUUUUGCUCGUGAUUUCCUAUGCACCUGUACAGAUACCUGUUGAAUUACUAGUUCACAGAGACGUGGAUUAUCCAGAUAGCCUUAGAGUUCAAUUAUUUGCCCGUCUAGUUGGUUCACCUCUUCUGAGAACACUGAAACACAGCACCCUGACUCUUAUCCUGAUUUUACUUCACUUGUGGGGAGGCUUGGUCCCAGUUUUCAGAGGGAAUUGAAGAGAUCGAAGAAAAAAUAUAAAACAAAGGAGUCUUUUUUUAUAUUCCACAUGCUUGGAAUUAUCCUACUUAAGGGCAUAGUACUGCAAGGAAGCAAACACAAAUCUAAUUCAGGGACUGGUCGAAGGAAUAAAUGUGGGCAGCUACAGCUGGUACAGUGGAUAGUGUGCUGGGCCUGGAGUCAGGAAAACUCAUCUUCCUGAGUUCAAAUCCAGCUUCAGGCAUUCCCUAGCUAGGUGACCCUGGGCAAGUCACUUAACACUGUUGGCCUCAGUUUCCUCAUAUGUAAAAUGAGCUAAAGAAGGAAAUGGCAAACCACUUCAGUAUCUCAGCCAAGAAAACCCCAAAUGGGGUCAUAAAGAGUCGGACAUGACUGAAAAUGACAACAAAGAUAUAAGGAAUCUUUUGUUCAGGAGAUUACUGGGAAAAAAAAUCAAGAAGGUACUUGCAAGGCGGUUUUGGCUUUUCUUUCAGAAUCCAAUUCUCUACCAGGAUUUUGCUUUGGGGAUCUAUAGAGGGAAAAAAUGUUUAUCACAUGUUCUUAAGUAAUACCAAGAAAAUGGUCUUCAAAAGAAUAAGGACUCCCAGUGACUAACCUACAUUUAUAGAAUGCUUUAUGGUUUGGAACAUACUUUCCUCCCCCAUGAAUAGUGCCAAUAUUCUUAUCCCCAUAUUUUAGAUUGGUAAACUGAGGUUCAGAAUGGCUCAAUUAAUUAUUUGUAGCCACUUAUGGCUAAAACCCAGUUCUUCCAGCUCUUCCUUCAGUGCCCACUUCACAUGCUGCCUCUUCACACCAUGCUGCCUCUGGAUGUUAUGGAUGUCCCCUGAAAUACCACCCUUGUCUUCUCACCCUGAGACAACAAGGAACCCAUUUUUCAAUACCGAAUGAAUAGAAAGCAAGGAAUUGUCUUUUUCAGGUUUUUAAGGUCUGCUAUGAGGAUUUUAGGGAGUUCUGUCUCCAUUUGGGGAAUUUUGCCUCCUACUUUCUUUUCCAUAAUUGUAGUGGCUCUAAAAACUAUGGGGAUUCCCUGCUGAAAGAUCACUGAAGAACUGGGCUGGACAACCUUUUUGAAGGGGAAAGUUAAGUAUUCCCCUUUCUAUGGAGAGUGAGGAGGAAGGAAGCAAGCUCUUUCCUCUUAGUAAGCACUAGGCUAAGCAUUGCGAAUAUAAAUUCAAACUCAAAGAAAGACAAUUCCUGCUGUCAAGUAGCUUACAUCCCAAGGUUGGGGGAGAGGGAAGACAGCACAAAAGGGAGCUGGGUUCAGGCAGGGCUGGGGAAGUCCAGAUGAAGUCAGGAGGGCCGAGUGAGUAAGAUAGGUUCCGCCUAUAAGAGAGCACCUGCCCAAGUCUAAGCCCAUUAGCAGAGAUUUCAGUGCUCCCUUAGCCUACUAGCUAAGAAGGAAUUGUGUACAAUUCAAAACCCAAGUUGAGAAAGGAUUCUGAGGUGGGAGGGCUGCUGGCCCAGUAGUGGUCAGGCUGGCUCUUCUCUCACUUAGCUCACAGAUGAAGCCCUCCAAAAUUAACUACUUAUCAGUUAGCAUCUUAAUGGGGGUGGGAGGUGAGGGAGGAAUCCAGUAGAAAUAGUCAAAAAAAUGGGGUGGGCAGGACAGGUUGGGAAAUCAAACUUCUUUCCUACUACAUAGUUUCACCUAUCGAGUUUUAAAAAGUCAUCUCUUCUGCUGAUGGCAUGGUGACUCUCCCUUUAAGUAGAUCCAAUUUCCCCCUCCAAAGCUGGUGACAUUACCCUUCCCCUCCUCCCCCAACACACAUACACAGAGUCCACUCAAAUUUCACUGUCCUUGGAAAUAGUGGACGCAAGGACAGAGCCCUAGGAGGGAAAGGGUGAAGCUCAAGAUGGAAAUCUAUACAUAUACUCAUCGAAUGAGGGUCUGGGUAUUAGAGUAAAUAUUCUAAUGGAAACAAAAGUUUUAUUGGCAGAUACUUAACAAGGGUACUGAUCCAUCAUUCCAGUUUUCCAUUCCUACAGUUAAUUCCUAGUUCAUUGCAUGAUAUUACUAUGUUCAGGCAUUGCACCCUUACUGGCUCUAUAUAAAACAAAGCAAAAAAAAAGUGGAGAGGUGGCAGAAAAGAUUUUACUCUGUGGAAUCUGCCCUGGAACCUGUCCAGCAACAUCUUCAACUGAGUUAAAGUUAUAUUGGAAUCCACAGGCCUGUAGAUCUACAAUGGAGUAAUUUUUUUUCAGUAGUUUGCUAUUUCCAAUUUCAAUUAGUGUCCUAGAUUUCCAUAUUGCCUCUCUUUCCUGCCUAUGCCUUCAUCAACAAAAGUUCAUCCUCUUUGGAUGAGGAGAAACAAGUUUGGUUCUUCUGAGGAGUCUAGUUAAUCAGAAGACUAAAAUCCCUGGCCAUUAUUCAAAUUAUUUUGGAACUCUUCACCAUGGAAAUGUACAACAGAUCCCAUAGUACAGACUGUUACCCUGGAGGUAAGAAUUGGGAAGGAAAGCUGCUGAGGUAUUUUAUUUAGAUAACUUUUUUACCCAAUACUCUGGAGGUCUGAAGAUAAAGGCAAAUCUAUUGCUGUUCCAACCAUUCUUUUUCAAAUGAACACUGAUUCUUUAAUAAGUGACCAAAAAAGGGACCCCAAACCUCAAAAGUUGAAAGAAAUUUUUUGCAUGAGGGACUCUUUGGUUUGCAAAAAAAGAUAAUGGAAAGAUGGAAUAUUGAUAAUGUUUAGAAAGAAACCAUUUAAAUAAAAUAUAUAAACCAAACAAUUUUAUAUGUUAAUGUAUUUAAGACAUUUAAUAUUACACUGUAUAUAAACUUUUGAAGUAGA